AUGGCCUCCGGCAAAGAUUGCGACCGUGCCCUAGCGUACAUGACCCGGAAGGAUAUGGAAGUGAAGUAUAACGAAAUCGAAAGAGCUAGAUCCAUCUACGAGAGAUUUGUUCUUUGCCAUCCAACUGUUUCUGCUUAUCUUCGAUACGCUAAAUUUGAGAUGAAGAGUGGUGGCGUUGAGCUUGCUAGGAACGUUUACGAACGCGCCUCGGAGAUGUUUCCAGACGAUGAAGAAGCUGAGAUUCUCUUUGUGGCGUUUGCUGAAUUUGAAGAACGAUGCAAGGAAGUAGAACGAGCUAGGAUCAUUUACAAGUUUGCUCUUGAUCGUAUUCCUAAAGGAAAAGCUGAGUAUCUGUACAGUAAGUUUGUGGCGUUUGAGAAACAGUACGGGGAUAAGGAAGGGAUUGAGGACGCCAUUGUUGGGAAGAGGAGGCUGCAGUAUGAGGAUGAAGUGAGGAAGAACCCUUUGAACUAUGAUUCGUGGUUCGAUUACGUUAGGCUAGAAGAAGAGACUGUUGGGAACAAAGAUAGGAUUAGAGAAAUCUACGAGAGGGCUGUUGCUAAUGUUCCACCUGCUGAAGAGAAGCGAUAUUGGCAAAGAUAUAUCUACCUGUGGAUUAAUUAUGCAUUGUAUGAAGAGAUUGAAAUGAAAGAUAUGGAGCGUGCACGACAUGUUUACAGAGAAUGCCUCAAGCUUAUCCCCCACACCAAAUUUUCUUUUGCCAAAGUAUGGUUGCUCGCUGCACAAUAUGAAAUCAGGCAAUUGAAUCUCACGGGUGCACGGAAGAUAUUAGGGAAUGCGAUUGGGAAAGCUCCAAAAGAUAAGAUAUUCAAGGAAUACAUUGACAUCGAACUCCGGUUGGGAAACAUUGAUAGAUGCAGAAAGUUAUAUGAACGGUAUCUUGAAUGGUCUCCUGAGAAUUGCUAUGCUUGGAUCAAGUACUCUGAAAUGGAGAGAUCUCUUGCUGAAACCGAACGAGCUAGAGCUAUUUUCGAACUUGCAGUAUCUCAGCCAGCUAUAGACAUGCCCGAGCUGCUAUGGAAGAUAUCAGAAGGGGAAUUAGAGAAGACAAGGGCUUUGUAUGAGCGACUCCUGGACCCUACAAAGCAUCAGAAGGUCUGGGUGAGCUAUGCACAGUUUGAGGCUUCUGCUGCAGAGCACAGAGAAGACAAGGGAGAUCAAGACCAAGAAGAAGAUGCUAUUGAACGCAAGAAAGACUGCAUCAGACUUGCCAGAGCGAUCUUCGAUAGAGCCAACGAACACUACAAAGACUCCACACCGGAGCUGAAAGAAGAGCGUGCUAUGCUUUUGGAGGAGUGGCUCACCAUGGAGAAGAGUUUUGGUGAGCUCGGGGAUGGUAGUGUCGUUAAACGGAAGCUCCCUAUGAAGCUCAAGAAGAGAAAGCCGAUCAGUAGAGAAGACGGCUCUACAGAGUAUGAAGAAUCUAUUGAUUACCUGUUCCCAGAGGAAUCACAGACAGCAAAUUUGAAGUUUCUUGAAGCUGCUCAUAAAUGGAAGAAGCAGAAGAUGGCUGCUUCUGAGGAUUACCAUUAA